CUUCUGGUCCGCAUAAAUAUGGCUGAAGGAGUGAGGAGUGCAUCGAAGGUGAUCAUACAGCAAUCAUGAGGUCUCUGGUCCUGCUUGUGCUUCUCGGAGCUGCCUUUGCUUUUGAGGAUGAUAAGAUUGUCGGGGGUUAUGAGUGCACACCCUACUCCCAGCCCUGGCAGGUGUCUCUGAACGCUGGCUACCACUUCUGUGGUGGCUCUCUGGUGAACGAGAACUGGGUUGUGUCUGCUGCUCACUGCUACAAAUCUCGCAUUGAGGUCCGUCUGGGCGAGCACAACAUCCAGGUCACUGAGGGCACUGAGCAGAACAUUCCCUCCAGCAAAGUCAUUAGACAUCCCUCCUACGACUCCUGGACCAUUGAUAAUGACAUCAUGCUGAUCAAGCUGAGCACCCCUGCCCGCCUGAACUCCAACGUGCAGCCCGUGGCCCUGCCCAAGAGCUGUGCUGCUGCUGGUACCAGGUGCACCGUCUCCGGCUGGGGAAACACCAUGAGCUCCACUGCUGACCGCAACAAGCUGCAGUGCCUGGAGAUCCCCAUCAUUGCUGACAAAGACUGUGACAACUCCUACCCUGGCAUGAUCACUGACUCCAUGUUCUGCGCUGGAUACCUGGAGGGAGGCAAGGACUCUUGCCAGGGUGACUCCGGUGGUCCCGUGGUGUGCAAUGGUGAGCUGCAGGGUGUUGUGUCUUGGGGCUAUGGCUGUGCUGAGAAGGACCACCCUGGUGUCUACGCCAAGGUUUGCAAGUUCAGCAGCUGGCUUCAGCAGACCAUGAGCAGCAACUGAAUCAAAAGAUUAAAACAUGCUACCUCAUGCACACAUACAGUGUAAACAUCUCUAACAUCUGUAUUCAGCAAGUUGAAGAACACUGUAAAAUAAAAAACAUCAAAUUCAAA